AAUCAAAACCUGAUUGCACCAAGGAUGCAACAACCAUGAUUUCUAGUGCUGCUUCACGAAGGGACAUGUCAACACAGAUGAGUCCCGAGGGUAGCACCCAUUCGUCUCCCAAGGGGAGGCCUUCAUUCUCUCCCUCUCCCCUUCCCUUGCUCCUUCCAACGGUGGAGCUGCAGAGCCUCAAUUCUUCUAAGUCAGAUGUCAGAGAUGUUCAGGUAGAUGAGCGAGUAACUGUGACCAGAUGGUCCAGAAAACAUAGUACCCAACAGCCUGAGAAAGGUUCAACUGGUGCCGAGAUCUGGAGAAAGGAAGCUUCAGAAGCUCAAGUUUCAGCUUGGGAAGUUGCCGAUACUACAAAAUGCAAGUCAAAGCUUAAAAGGGAGGAAUCCAAGAUCACUGAAUGGGAAAAUUUGCAGAAAGCAAAGGCUGAAGCAGCAAUACGGAAACUAGAGAUGAAACUGGAGAAGAAGCGAUCAUCUUCAAUGGAAAAGAUCAUGAACAAGCUGAGAUCAGCUCAGAAGAAGGCACAAGAAAUGAGGAACUCGGUAUCUUUGAGCCAGGAUGAUCAGGUCCCUCAGAGUUCCAGUAGGACCCUGUCCUUUAGUAAGACUCAGCAUAUGGGUUCCUUUAGUGGUUGCUUCACCUGCCAUGCCUUCUGAUGAUCAUGCAGUGCAUGGUUGUUCUCUCUCUACCUUUGAACACGUGUUAGAGAAGAAAUCGCAGUGAGAUGUGGGACGAAGAUGAGUAUUGACGUGGACUGGAAUAGUUUAGUAUUGAUGCAGCAUGGAGGACUAGCUCCCAGAGGCCCACCUUGGGCAGCAUUCGUCGGGAUAUGAUGUAUGUAAAGAAUGUCAAUAAUUGGUUUGCAGUGCAAUGGAAGUGUGUUUCUUUAAUUUAAAA